CAUCACUACAGCUGCUAGGGCGACACACUGGCGGAUCUCCACAAACCGUCACUUUAAUAAAAGUGCCUCCAGUGGAACUCUGUGGGCGUUUUCGUCGUGAGUUUGGCAAGUUGUAGCAGUCUGCUGGCUUCUGAUGGGCGUUUCGACCGAAAGAAAGGUGGGGGGGGGGAGUAUUGAUUCAUUUUUUUAAACUUUUCCUUUCUCUGUGGAUGUGAUUAAAUUUGGUGCGUCCGGACCCAAAACGUGAUUAAACCACCUUUGUGAAUUUUGGGGCUCGGAUCUCAACAUGCUGGCGAGCACGGCCAUUUACGCUGUGAGGAAACGGAAGAAGCCGCUUCAAAAAAUACCCAAACUGCCACCUCCUGAAGGUGACAAAUCAAACCCGUCCAAACGGCACCGUGACCGACUGAACAGCGAGCUGGACAAACUGACCAGCCUGCUGCCCUUCACCGAAGAGGUUCGUGCUCGGCUGGAUAAGUUAUCCGUACUCCGCCUCGGUGUGGGUUACCUGAAGGUUAAGAGCUUCUUUAAUGCCACCCUCAAGAAUAGACAAAAUGGGUCCAGCUGGUCCAGCAAACAAAGUCCUAUGUUGGGGGGAGAUGUCCAGAAUGCACUCAUAUCCUCCACUGUGACCUCCCAAGUGGCCUCCAUUGAUGGAGUCACCUUUUCAGAGGGAGAUCUGCUCCUCCAGGCAUUGAAUGGCUUCGUGUUUGUGGUGACCACCGAAGGUUACGUCUUUUACUCAUCGCCCACCAUCCAGGACUUUGUCGGCUUCCAACAGUCAGAUGUCAUCCAUCAGAGCGUGUUUGAGUUGAUCCACACAGACGAUCGAGCUCUUUUCAGACGGCAACUUGACUUUGCUUUCAAUCCGCAUUUCAGCCAGCAGGAUGGUAUUGCAGAGGGCAGGAGUGAACAGAGCAGCAGUGAAGUCAGCACCAACCUGAUAACCUACGACCCAAAAGUCAUCCCUCCAGAAAACUCAUCCUUCCUGGAGAGAAACUUCUGCUGCCGAUUCCGAUGCUUGCUUGACAACUCGUCUGGCUUUGUGGCCUUGAACUUCUGUGGACGCCUGAAAUUUCUCCACGGUCAGAACCAGGUGUCAGAGGUUGGGACGCAGGUUCCCCCACAGCUGGCACUGUUUGCCAUUGCCACACCCCUGCAGCCGCCAUCGAUCUUGGAGAUCCGCACCAAGACACUAAUAUUCCAGAGCAAGCACAAAUUGGACUUCACGCCAAUGGGCAUCGACACCAGGGGAAAGGUGGUUCUGGGUUACAGCGAAGCAGAACUCUUCACAAAGGGUUCAGGUUACAACUUCAUCCACGCUGCAGACAUGAUGUACUGUGCUGACAACCACGUCAGGAUGAUGAAAACAGGAGAAAGUGGUUUUACCGUCUUCAGACUGCUGACUAAAAAGGGGGUGUGGCUCUGGGUCCAGGCCAACGCCAGACUAGUCUUAAAGGAAGGGAAGCCAGAUUUCAUUGUGGCCCAGCAGAGACCUUUGACAAAUGAAGAAGGAGAGGAACACUUUCGUCUACAUCGACUGCAGCAGUCAUUUAGCUUCACUACUGGUGAGGCGCCGUUGUACAAUCUGGUGCCAACCGUCGACAUGCCUGACACUUGCUCCCCCGCCAAGCAGAGAAAGCUAGACAACUACUCAGUCAGCCCCAACUCGCUCCUUGGCUGCAUGCUGAACCAGAACCAGUCAGUGUACUGCAAGCACAACAGUGCCAACACCCUAAACAGCCUUAAUGACACUGCCUUUAAGGACACCCACGCCACAGUCAACGUCCCAGGAGAUAUCUGGCAGCACCUUUCACCCAAACCGGCUGUUGAAAGUAUGGCAAAGUCCGAGGACACGAUCCAAGACAUGGUGGAGACUCUGCAGCAGAUCCUGGGGGAUGGUGACCUCAUAGAUACCGUGGAUGUGACACCCGACGAGCUCAAGAGCUGGGAAAGCACUCUUCUGAAGGUGAGAACCAACAGCUGCGGCCUGAGUGAUGACUUGAAUGACAUUGCCAUGGAGGACAUCCUAUUGUAUGUGGAGGAGCAGCUCCAAAAAGAGGGUGGAUUGAAGUUGCCUGACCAGCUGGAUACCUGGGUCCCAACUUUAAACCUCCAAAACCAGGCUUCUGUUCACCCAGGCAUAGGACAGGACUUAAGCUGCCCUCAAGAGUCUCAUAGCCAGUUGUUACACAGUCGAGGCCGGAUGUCCGAACAACCAUCUGCCGUUCUGGGGAUGAUGAAACUGACCCACAUUGAUCUUCCUCAGCUGAGUUCUUCUGGUUUAAAUGUUCCAGUGGCAGAGCUGAUUUCCUCAAAGCAAACAUUGUCCGUCCCUUCUCACCUUCAUAAUAGCCAAGCCCACACAGGUGGACCGCCAACGGUCUUUGACCCAGGUUUAGUGGACUCCUAUGCCGAGAAACAAAACCUGAGGAGCGUACUUGUGAGUUUUAAGGACAACCACCUUGGAGUUUUAUCAUGCAAGCCCCCCACUCAGAUUCCUCCCAACCAAAUGGCCCAAUCAAUGCAGAACUGCCUAGAGCAGAGAGCACCUAACCUGACUAUUGAUCACCAUGUACAAAGAUGGCCUGAGUUUAGCUUCAAGAACACCCAGUGGAACUCAAACCAUAUGGAUAUGCAAAAUGUUUCCAAUGGACCAGUGAUCACAGCAGAUCCAGCCGCAUCCAGCUGCAUGCAUAGCCACUUGGUGCUUCCCUCUCAAGGCAGACAGAACCAGAGACAGUCUUGGCAGCUAGACCAGCCAACAGAACCACAGAUAAUUUCAAAUGGGCCAAUGAACGUUAGCCGAUUGACAGAAUUUCAGGCAAAUCCAGGGGUUGUAGUGAACCAUAACCCUGCCCUUUACAGUUCAAUGUUGAGGACUCCAUUUAAUGUUGAGCAUGGCAUAGAGGGGGGACGUAUCAUGGCUUCAAGCAGUUGUAUGUUAAAAAAUACCCCCCUUUCUGUGCCUGUGAACGAAGGGCACAUGAGUCAGACUCCGUCCUGUCAGAGAUUGGAACACAGCAGUAUUCACAUUUCCAGCCCCUCCUGCUCUUAUCAAGGUGAUGGCGGGGCCAUUUCCAAUUCAAAUAUGGUACCGCUUUCCUGCCAAAUGCCCCCAACUAGUGUGAACCUGACCAACCUGCCAGUGCAACAACCGCCGUACCUGAACCUCAGUGACCAGCUCAACAGCCAUUUAGUUGUCGGAAAUGGUGGCAUGGCCUUUCCUCAUUGCGUAACGGGAACUCUGGGUCCUCAGAGAGCGAACGGGAAACAGCUCUGACUUGUAGACGGCAGAGGAUCCCAACAUGAACUGAUCAUCAUCAAUCAUUCAUUCAUUCAUUCACCUUCCAUUCCGCUUCUCUUCAUGUGGGUCGCAGGCGUGCAGGAGCCUAUCCCAGCUAUCUUCAGGCGAGAGGCGGGGUACACCCUGAACUGGUCGCCAGCCAAUCGCAGUCAUCAUCAAUCAUGAAUAACAGAAAUGUGCUUUCGAGAAGGACAAAUGGCUCAGGAUAAUCAAACAAGAGAAGAAACCUGCUCUUAUGGAGUUUAAUUUGUGAUUUCAAACAUGGAUCAUCACAGAAUAAUUCAAUUUAAGCCUUGAGCUGGAACCAAAAAGAUGAAAGAUUCAGGGCUCCUGAUUUAGUACGAUACGGACUAAAAAUGACCUGUUAUGAAAUCACAUGCUGUCCAAUCUAAGAGAUUAUACUAACAUUAAGAAAGUUUGGAGUUGUAAAUCUAAAUGUGUCAGACAAUGCUUUGAGCGAUAAAGCUACUUCAAAGCAAUUAGAUUAACCUUAGCUUCUGUUAUUUGGUGUUCAUUUUUUGUCAUUUUUUUAUUCUUCAUGGAACUAUUCAAGCUGUCGAAUGGAUUUGAUGGAUGACCUUGAUGUCAGUUCUCUACCAACUCAAACAAAAACGCACAACUGACUCCCUUUGAGAUCUCAGAAGGAAUAACAAGAUUUAAUGUGCUUUUUUUGUUGACUUUUUUUAUUUUUUAUUUUUAAACAUAGCGCGACAUUCAUUUCAAGCCCGUGUGAGGGUGAUGUGUUACAAACGUCAUCCAGCCAACAUGAGAUCAACUGUCCUAUCCUAACAUCUAACAUAGACAAUACCUUAAAGUGACAACUGAUCAGAAUUUGGAGUGAAACCCAAGUUUACUUUUUACUGGAUAUAUAUUUCACUGUAAUCAUAGAGCUGAAAGGAAAACAAGCAGUUUGUCAGUCUCUGUAACAAUUACAUAAAGGUGAAGUUGUCGUUCAUCAUUUUGCAGCAAACGUCCGUCCGUUCGUCAUCUUUCCUCUCUGUCUCCAUUUUGUGGUUAAUGUAUGGUUCACCGCAGAAGUAAAACAACAAAGGCAGCUAUUUUCUGUUCUGGUAGAAAUGUUCAAUGUAUUGCUUUGGAUAGUUGAAAAAUGUAGCUGACUACAUUCUGAAAAGUAACUUUCGCCAAAUGUACUGUAAUUGCGACAGCAGCACAUACAGUACAUAAGUGUACAACUCCCAUAUUUCAUAUCAAAUGGAUGCCUUCUGGGGUGUGUCCUAAGGCAUUCUGUCUGGUAUGUACAGUAUAUUUAGAAUAUUCAGCAUUGUGUUCCAUUAUGGCCCUGAGUUUUAUGGUAAUGUGCAUUUAACAACUGCCAAGCGACUAAAGGAGAAGAAGCCAUCGCCAGCAACAUAAAAACUUUAAAAAAAAAUUCCCACAACACUUUGAGGAAGGGUGUGGCAUGACCCAAG